AAAUCUGACUGAUCGGUCUUUGUGGAGCCCUUAGGAGGGGGUGCCGAGCCUUGGUUGGUUGUGUCCUCCCUUCUUCUGUUUGUUGAGAAUCUAUGGAGAUCUCCUUCUUGAGGAACGACAAUGUAGUCAAGAGGGUGAGGAAUUGGCCCAAGGUCCAUCGAAAAGACAUCAGACCCAUCUGUCUUGGGGGAAUGGAAUAAACCUGUCACCAGUCCAAGAUGGAGAUAAUGGACCAUUCAUGUGACUGUGCAGAGUCCGAAAAUCAUUAAUGUAAUCAAUAAUAAAUUCCAAUAAACCUGAUGUGGUUCUAAAGUCCAUUUAUUAUCUAAGGUUUUAUUGAUACGUGGGCACAUAAGAACAGAAGAUUUCUGGUUCACCUCCAAUAAGUAUCGUCAACUAUGGCGUCUGCUGAUCUGAGAGACGAGCUGGACUGUUCCAUCUGUCUGAUCAUGUAUACUGAUCCUGUGACCCUUAGAUGUGGACACAACUUCUGCCGGGUCUGUAUUGAUCGUGUGCUGGAUACACAGGACCAGUCUGGACUUUAUUACUGUCCCGAGUGCAGAGAAAUCUUUGGGGAUCGUCCUACACUGAGAAGAAAUAUAGCUCUAUGUAACAUAGUGCAGAAUGUCCUCUAUACUAAACCAGAUAAAGGAUGGGUCAGUACCGGGAUCUUCUGCACUUAUUGCCUGGAUUCUACGGAACUUGCUGUUAAAUGCUGUCAGAGAUGUGAGGCUUCUCUGUGUGAUAAACAUCUGAGAACUCACAACAAGUCACCAGAACACGUCUUAUCUGAGCCCAGAACUUCUCUGAAGAACAGGAAAUGUUCUGUCCAUAAGAAGGUCCUGGAAUAUUACUGCACUGAGGACGCUGCUUGUAUCUGUGUGUCCUGCAGUUUGGCCGGAGAACAUCGGGGACACCAGGUGGAGAUGAUGGAUGAGGCCUCUGAGAAGAAGAAGAAGAAACUGAGAAAUGUUCUCCAGAAACUGAUCACAAAGAGAGAGAAGACUGAGGAAAGAGUCCGGAGUCUGGAGGAACGCAGGAGAAAAGCUCAAGAGAAAUCAUCUGGAGAAGCGGAGAGAGUCACUGCCCUGUUUAUAGACAUGAGGAGACGGCUGGACGACCUGGAGAAGAAGGUCCUGAGUGAGAUCUCCAGGCAGGAGAAGGAAGAGUCACUGUCACUGUCUGCUCUGAUCCAUCAGCUGGAAAUAAAGAAGGACGAGCUGUCCAGGAAGAUGAGACACAUUGAGGAGCUGUGUAACAUGACGGAUCCACUGACUGUCUUACAGGAACCAGACACAGGUGACUUGUGUGAUCCUGAGGAGGACGGAGGUGAUGAGACACACUAUGUAGACCUGGGCCUCGUCUCAGACACCAUACACACCAGAUUACUAGACGUUGUGAAUAAAGCAAAGGCGAGUCUUACUCUUAGUUCGAGCAAAAUGAGAAUGUCCGCAGAUCAGGGAAACCUUGAAAAAUGUCUUUAUUGUGGACGUUUUUUGGAGAGUAAUGGGCCUCAAAAUGAACACUAUGGAGCACCUGGGCCAUUGUUCAACAAUCCCACGCCUCAGUAUUUUGUUGCUAUACAACCAAACAUGGGUGAUGCACCCACUGUGCCAGCCUUACUUAAACAAGGGAAAAUCCCAAAUGUGGGUAGGAAACAUUUUAAAAUGUUGCACAAGUAGAAUCAUAUUAGUAGUAUAGGUUUGUAAUAAUAGAAAUAAUUUGUAAUGCAUUGUUACUUUAGGCAAACAAAAAGAAAAAAGUGUGUCGGCACUGCCGCGCACUAAUUACCGCAGGUAGUGUGAACUGCAUCCAGCACUUGGCAAUGCUGUCCUUUAGGGAUCGACCGAUUAUCGGUUUGGCCGAUAUUGGACGUUAUCGUUAUCGGCAAUUACCUUGCCGAUAAUCUGAUAAUGCCCCGCUCUCUCCCACCGCACCGCACCCCCCACCAACGCACCGCCCCAGCCAGAGACCGCCACCGCGCCCCAUUGCCUCCCCCAUUCCCGGUUUUAUAAUUACCUGUUCCCGGGGCCUUGGGUCCGCGCUACUUCUGGCUCCUGCGGCGUCCUGUGUUACGCUGUACGCUGCGCAGCACAAUGAGAGAAGCGGGUGGCGGCGGCAGUCUCUGGCACCUCAAAAGUCGCUGCAGUUCAUUGAUUUUAAAGCGCCCGCUUUAAAUCAAUGAUCUGCAGCAGUGUCGCCGUUGGGGGGGGAGAUAAAUAGCCGAUAACUUAUACCGGAAUAUCGGUAUAAGUUAUCGGCUAUCGGCCCUAACCUCCACAGAGUAUCGGUAUUAGUAUCGGCCCUAAAAAAAUCGAUAUCGGUCGAUCCCUAAAGAGCCCGAUGCUUUGUCCCAAAGGAAACAAGCCUCUGUAAUCCAAAGAAA